CCCGAGUCCUUGUUAAGUGUUAUCUCCUCUUUCCUGAAGUCAGACUUCUGUGCCAUCAGUUCACCCUACUUGACUCUUUGAGCCUCUCCCCAUCCUAUCGAGCCUGGGCCUAAGAAGACCGCCUUAUCACCAGCAUCAUGUCGUCGAACAUCACAUCAUCACCGGCCGACCAAGCAAUGCGCCAGCUGCAGUCAGAGCAAUCUCGAGUUCUGGAUAUCAUCGAUGAGUUGCGCACCAUCGGCGUUGGGGCCCUGGUGGAGCUGCCCCAGCUGAUUGUCUGUGGCAAUCAAUCCAGCGGCAAGAGUUCGGUCCUGGAGGCCAUCUCACGCGUUCGAUUCCCAGCCAAGAGUCCAUCGCGUACGAAGGAAGAGGAGAGACAGAGACUCCGUGGAUUCACCGCGGAGGCUUUCUCCAAUGGCGACGACCUCCCCUCACUAAUCGAGAAAGCCAAAGAGUGCAUGGAAAUUACGGAAUCCGUGAACGCCGGUUUCAGUGAUGACGUGCUCAAGGUGGAAAUCUCUGGCCCAGACAAGCCCGAGCUGACGUUGGUGGACCUGCCAGGCCUGUACUACUCAACCAGCCAGGACCAAGGCCGCAAGGGCAUCAGCAUCGUCCGGGGCACCACCGAGAGCUACAUGAAGAACACCCGCAGCAUCAUUAUGGCGGUCAUCACGGCGAAGGCCGACUACCAUCUACAGGAGGUCCUGGACAUGGCCCGAAAGUUUGACCCGCAACGAGAGCGAACGCUUGGUAUCAUUACCCAGCCGGACGUCCUGGAGCCCAGUUCAGAAGAGGAGGAUACAUACCUGCAGUUCCUCAGAAAUGAUAAAGUAUCCUUGCAGCUUGGCUGGCAUGCGUUACGCAAUCGUUCGUUUGAGACGAGAGGUGCAUCAGAUGAUGCUCGAGACGAAAAAGAAGCUGCGUUCUUUGAACAGAGCCGGUGGGCCUCAAUCCCUCGUGAGAACGUUGGCAUAUAUAGUCUUCGUCGUCGGCUGAGUAACAUAUUGUUCAAACACAUUCGCCGCAAUCUUCCCGAGUUGGUCACAGAUGUCCGAAAGAAAAUCGAGAUUCGGCAGAGCAGACUCACGACGCUUGGGGAGGCUCGUUCAAGCCUGCAGCAACAGCGAGGCUUUCUUCUUGGCAUAAGUACCGGCUUCGAAAAGAUUACAGGCCAGGCAUUGAACGGCAUGUAUUCAGACAGGUUCUUCGAAGAUGGGCCAGCAUGUAUUCUCAUGAGCCAGGAUGAUCGCCGCCUCCGGGCGAUGAUUAGAGAACUGAAUGAGUGCUUCGCUGAGGCCAUGAGUAUCAGGGGCAAGCGACGCACUAUUAUAAAUAGUUGGAAUCAGAGCCUAUCACGUUCGGACAUCGCAGCGUUGAGUGCCAAACCCUAUAUGAGAGACUGGAAAUACUCAUGCGUCAGCCGCGAGUCUCUUGAAUUCGAACUCAACAGCCAAGCGCGUCGAAAACGAGGUAUCGAGCUUCCCGGAAGUGCCAAUCAAUUGCUUGUCGGAGAUCUGUUUCGUGACCAGGCCAGACUUUGGGAGGAAAUUGCUCGUGAGCAUAUGAUGCAUGCUUGGUGGGUAGUGAGAUAUUUUAUCCAUUCUGUCCUGCAACACCUCACGACCGAGCACACAUAUUCGUUGAUAGCCACGUCUCUUAUCGAUCCGGAACUCGACAAGAUGAAAGAGUCCCUCCUGGCGAAGCUGAAAGAAUUGACAGCUUACACGAAACGCGGACACCCUCUGCCUGUAGGAAAGAGCUUUCUUUCUAAGAUCCAAAAAUCCCGAAUUGACCGCCAGUUCAAAGCACUAGAAAAAAGACUGUUAAUGUCAAAGAAUGCUUCUGCGGAUGCCCCCUUUACCUUGAAUGACUUCAAAAAAGCUACUAUAGGUUCAGAAACAGAGGGAAAUGAGUUCGCUGCGGCGGAAAGCAUUGAUCAGAUGCAAGCUUACUAUGAUACCGCUAUAGUGACCUUUGUGGAUAACGUUGCGAUCCUUGGCAUUGAGAACUGCUUGCUCGCCCCCCUGGAAACCAUUUUCACGGCCCAGACUAUCAACAACUUGAGCGAUGAGAGGAUUCAAGAUCUCGCUAGUGAACCAUUCUCGGUUGAGCAAGAGCGAAAGUGCUUGUCUGAAGAGCUGCGCAGAUUGCAAGAAGGCUUAAGCACACUCCGCCUUUUCAGCACACAGAGGCCAACGCUAUCAAAACCCAUGGUUUUCAUGCAGAGCCCUGUAUCUGAUGCCAGGACUUCGACUCCUUUCAGAAGCACUGACAAAUACGAGGACUCAGAGAAAAACGGUCCUUCUUUUUCAGCGCAGCCAAGUGCUAGCCCAUUUACUGUGGCAUCCUGUGAUAUCGAGCAGGCCAAAACCUCUAGCUCGUAUUCUAGCCGUUCUUCCGCAGCCUCUACACAAACACGGGACCCUGCUCCUCGCAGCAUAUUCGGUACAAAAUCCGGCAAGAGUCUAUUUGGAGCUCCAGUCAAUUUUGGGGUCCUGGGUUCUACCAAUAUUUCUACCGCUACUCCUGAUCGUUUUACCUCGAACCCCCUCGGAAGAAAGACCGGCACGAGACCUUUCGGGUCUCCACCCAAUGUACUCGGGUCAUUCGGCUCUACUAGCGGUACAAGCUCUGCAAACAACACUAAAAGCAGUGGUAAUUCCUCCAAGACUCCGAGCACCUCACGCCGGCGGAUGCGCGCUGGAUUUGUGGUCGACAGCGAUUCGGAGUAA